GUGCACGGGCGCGCGGGCGGCGAGGGUGGCGAGGGCGGCGCGGGGGGCGGGGCGCGCUGCGGGCCGCUGAUGGCGCAGGGCGGCGUGCAGGCGCUGGAGGCGAUGCUGUUUGCGCUGGACGAGGCCUCGCGCGCGCGCCUGCUGCCGCCCGGCCUCGCUCUGGGCGCGCUCGUGCUCGACGACUGCGACAGUGACACGCGAGGACUGGAGAUGGCUCUUGAUUUCAUUAAAGGAUCUAUAAGUAACAUCGACGACGAGGAGUACGCGUGCAACGCAACAACCGUGCGGAAAGUGAUCUCAGGCGUCGUGGGCGCUGCCUCUUCCGUUACUUCAGUUCAAGUUGCUAAUUUAUUACGUCUCUUUAAGAUACCACAGGUAUCAUUCUUCUCAACGUCACCAGAGCUAUCCAACAAAGCCCGAUUUGAAUAUUUUACUCGUACAAUACCUUCAGAUCUCCAUCAAGUGCGUGCGAUGGUUGAAAUUGUCAUGAGAUUCGGUUGGCGAUACGUGUCGAUAAUUUACGAAGAAUCCAACUAUGGUAUUAAGGCCUUCGAAGAACUAGAAACACUUCUGUUACGUCAUGAUAUUUGCAUAGCUGUUAAAGAAAGGCUAGUAAAAGAUUCUGGUGCUGCAGAUGAACGAGCGUAUGAUGCAAUCGUAGAACGACUUCUUUCACGUCCUCGAGCAAGAGGUGUCAUCGUAUUUGGAUCAGACCAAGAAGUAGCGGGCGUGAUGGCGGCGGUGAGGCGUCGAGGCGCAGCACACGCGUUUAGCUGGGUAGGCUCAGAUGGAUGGAGCGCGCGCGCGCUCGUGGCCGCCGGCAACGAGGCCGUCGUCGAGGGCACGAUCAGCGUGCAGCCGCAAGCGAAUCCCGUGCAGGGGUUCCGUGACUACUUCCUUGCGCUCACUCCACAGAACAACUUAAGGAAUCCUUGGUUUGUCGAAUUUUGGGAAGAACAGUUUCGAUGUCGGUAUCCGGACAGCCCGCGAUCGAGACACAAUGCGGAAUACCCGCCAUGUACAGGAGACGAGCGUCUCUCUGCGGAAAAUACGGAAUUUGAAGCCCAGUUACAAUUCGUUGCUGAUGCUGUUUGGGCAUUUGUAUAUGCUAUUCGAAACAUGCAUAAAGUUUUAUGCGGAGAAAAGCCGGGUUUAUGCGACGCAAUGAAACCAGUGAGCGGGACCACGCUUCUGCAGUAUCUGCGAGAAGUCCGCUUCAUAGGUUUAAGCGGUGAUGAAUUUCAUUUCGAUGUAUAUGGUGAUGGACCAGCGCGCUAUAAUAUCUUACACUUCAAGCAGGUGACAAGAGGAGUGUACCGUUGGGUCAGAGUGGGACGCUACCUCGAUGGACUGUUGCACCUUGACAUUGAUGAAAUACAGUUUAAAUGGGAUGAACCUCGUCAUCCUGAAUCGGUGUGUAGCGCAGAGUGCGAAAUGGGUCAGGCCAAGCAAUAUGUGGAGGGCGAAAGCUGCUGUUGGCAUUGUUUCAAUUGUACACAAUAUGAGAUUCGAUCCCCAGUAUCAGAGACCACGUGCGUGGAGUGCGCACGCGGCACGCUGCCCGACGCGCGCCGCACGCUCUGCGCGCCCAUACCGGAGCUCUACCUGCGCCCUUCUUCCCCAGCGGCUAUUGGCGCAAUGACGUUCUCGGCUCUAGGAAUUCUUUUUACUACGAUGGUAGGUGGCGUGUGGGUGGCGCGACGCGGCACGCCGGUGGUGCGCGCGAGCGGGAGGGAGCUGUCCUUCGUCUUGCUCGCGGGUAUCCUUAUGUGCUAUCUAGUCACAUUCGCUCUCGUGCUUCGACCGACGGACAUUCUUUGCUCACUUCAGAGAUUUGGAACUGGGUUUUGCUUUACAGUUGUAUACGCUGCUUUGUUGACUAAAACAAACAGGAUAGCACGUAUCUUUGACGCUAGUAAACAUUCAGCAAAAAGACCUUCGCUCAUUUCACCGAAAUCCCAAUUACUUAUUUGUUCAGUUUUAGUGUCGAUCCAGGUCGUAAUUGUGGUAGUGUGGCAACUAACGUCGCCUGCCAGAGCAAUACACCAUUAUCCGACUCGCGAAGACAAUAUGUUAGUCUGUGAUUCUUACGUAGACGCUUCUUACACUAUAGCUUUCUUCUAUCCUGUCGUGCUGAUUGUGAUCUGCACAGUGUACGCUGUGCUAACUAGGAAGAUUCCUGAAGCUUUCAAUGAAAGCAAACAUAUUGGGUUCACUAUGUACACUACAUGUGUCAUCUGGCUUGCUUUUGUCCCAUUAUAUUUUGGCACUGCAAGUCACGUGCCUCUACGUGUGACAAGUAUGGCGGUCACUAUUUCGCUGAGUGCUAGCGUCACACUGGCUUGCCUCUUCGCACCAAAGAUGUACAUAAUCCUGGUGCGGCCGGAGCGCAACGUGCGCGGGCAGCUGACGGCGGGGCGCUGGGGGCGCGGCGGGCGCGGCGCGGCGCCGGGCGCCGUGUGCGCCGCGCUGGUGGGCGCCGCGCCGCUGCCGCGCGCCGCCGCCACGCCCUCCACCGACCUCUCCACGCUCGACGCCACAGAGCGAUCGACUUCCACGGACCGACAAGUUCAAACGGACGAGGCGACCAUGCCUGUGGGGGGCCUGGCAGGGGUAGCGACAGGGGGCCCGGCGGGGGGACCGGCGGUAGGAGGCCCGGCGGAGCGCAACGGGCUGUGCCUGGACGCGCGCAAGCUGGCGCAGCUGGCGGCGGGGCUGCCCGCCUUCGAGGACGCGGGCGCGCCGCGACGCCGCGCCGCCUUA